AUGAGUUAUUCCAAAAAAGAUGAAGAUAACGAUGAGUCGAUAUUCUCGAAUAUUAAUCAGAUUUCUGUAACGCAAGAUGCAAGAGCAUUUCACCAAUCAUCAAUUUCACCCCGGAAAAGCCGGAUGUUGCUUUGCAAGAUUGCAUAUCUGUUGUAUACAGGAGAUCGAUUUCCUGAAAAGCAAGCAACUGAAUUGUUUUUUGGCAUCACGAAGCUUUUUCAGCACAAGGAUCCUAAUCUAAGACAAUUUGUUUACAUUAUAAUCAAGGAAUUGUCUUCGAUCGCGCAGGAUGUGAUUAUGAUUACUAGUAGUAUUAUGAAAGACACCGCAACGGGGAGUGAAGUGGUUUAUCGUCCGAACGCUAUACGUUCACUUGUUCGGGUAAUUGACGCGAACACUGUUCCCGCUAUUGAGCGUAUUCUUACAACCGCUGUCGUUGAUCCAGUUUCUGCUGUUGCUAGCGCUGCGUUGGUAUCCGCGUAUCACUUAUAUCCAGUAGCCAAAGAUGUGGUAUCCCGCUGGAGCAACAAGGCUCAGGAUGCUACAACUUCUCAUAUUGUUGGCAGAAAGGUUGCUAAUUCGCCCUUCUUUGCCACUUCUUUAGGUUAUAUGCCUUCAGCCAGCGGUAUCUCCCAAUAUCAUGCACUUGCUCUGUUAUAUAGAAUUAGACAGUCUGACCAUAUUGCUGUCUUAAAAAUAUUUCGGGAUAUUGCUUCGAAGGUUGCUGGACUUUCCAAUUCUCAUGCUUUUGUCAUGUACGUCCGUUAUGUUGCUAGUCUUAUGGAUCAAUAUCCCGACAUGCGUAAAGACAUGGUACCUUUGUUUCACAACUGGUUGAAAGGUAAAGGCGAUAUGGUCAAUUUGGAGAUUGCUAGAAACAUGAUUCGCCUAAAGACCCUUGGUGAUGAGGAUUUACGUCCCGUAGUCGCUGCAUUAACUAUAUUCCUUACCUCCCAUCGCUCUGCCGCUCGCUUUUCUGCAAUCCGUACUUUAAAUGAAUUAGCCAUGACCCGACCUCAUCUAUUGUACUCUUGCAAUCCUAUGAUCGAAAGUCUAAUUACUGAUGCGAACCGCUCCAUAGCUACUUAUGCUAUUACCACUUUACUCAAAACCGGAAAUGAAGAAUCUGUUGAUCGUCUCAUGUUACAAAUAGCUAAUUUUAUGUCUGAAAUUCCCGAUAACUUCAAGAUUAUCGUCGUUGAUGCCAUUCGUUCCUUAUGUUUGAAAUUCCCUCGUAAACAAGAGGCGAUGUUAUCCUUUCUUAGCAAUAUACUUAGUGACGAAGGUGGUUACGAGUUUAAACGUGCUGCUAUCGAUGCUAUUUUCGAUAUGAUCAAAUACAUUCCUGAAUCGAAGGAGAAAGCCCUUGCCGAGCUAUGCGAGUUUAUUGAAGACUGCGAGUAUCCAAAGAUUGCAGUUCGUAUCCUUUGUAUACUAGGUGAAGAAGGACCUAAAGCUGCAGAACCAACAAGAUUUAUUCGGUAUAUCUAUAACAGAAUUAUGCUUGAAAAUGCAAUUGUCCGUUCGGCCGCUAUUAGUGCGCUCACUAAAUUUGGUGUCAAUGUCAAGGACAAUUUUGUUAAGCAUAGCGUAAGAGUUAUUCUCUCCAGAUGCUUGGAUGAUGCUGAUGAUGAGGUGCGCGAUCGGGCUGCUUUAAGCGUUAAAGUUUUGGAUGACAUGGAUUCCUUCCUGCCUUUUGUCAAAUCUAAUAAAGUUCCUUCUAUUCCAGCAUUGGAGCGUAGCCUUGUUCUUUACGUUACUGGUGACAAAUUUGACCAACCUUUCGACAUUGAGGCCGUGCCAACGUUAACUCAAGAACAAAUUGAUGCAGAAAAUCUCAAGGUUAAGACGGCAUCCACUGAGAUUUCUCAAGUUGCACCAGCUCCAGUCGUUGAUGAAAGCGCUGAAGCGGUCGUCAAAGCCGAAACCGAAUUUAAGUCUGUUUUGGAAUCCAUCCCUGAGUUCAGUUCUUUUGGUCCGGUUUUGAAGUCAUCUUCUUUAAUUGAUGUUACCGAACGUGAAACUGAGUACGUGGUUAAGGCCAUUAAGCAUAUAUUUGAAAAACAUAUUGUCAUUCAGUAUCAACUUCAGAAUACAUUAACGGAGGUUGUUUUGGAGAAUGUCACCGUUGGCUGCGUAUCAUCUAAUGAAAAUUUAAUCGAGGAAUUUGUGAUCCCUGCGCCAGUUGCUGCUAACGAACCAGUUUCACUUUAUGUCAGUUUCUCGUAUGAAGGUUCUGAUUUGUUCAAUACUCCUACAGUCAUUGAAAAUGUACUACGCUUUACUUCUAAAGAGAUUGAUCCUCAUACUGGCAAACCGGAAGAAGAAGGUUACGACGAUGAGUACAAUAUUGACGAUUUGUGGCUUAAGUAUGGAGACUUUUGUAUUCCUUUCACUUUCUCCAAUUUUGAUGAACAUUGGGAGCAACUUGAUCAUGAAAGUUCCGCAGUUUAUUCUCUUAGUGAAAUAGAGUCUUUCAAAGCCGCAUGCUCUCACUUGGUGGAGCUUCUGCAAAUGCAGCCCGUGGAUGGAACAGAUAAUGUAAACGAUGAUGCACCCUUGCAUGUACUGAAAUUGUGCGGUGGAUUUGUUUCCGGAGGAAAAGUGCUUGCAAUUAUAAAGAUGAUUCGUGCGAACGGCGCGGAAGGUGUCACCAUCAAAUUAAUUACAAGAGCCGAAGACGAGAAAGCUACAGAAAGUUUGCCAACCGCUUUUGAAGGAUAA